AGUCGCGUAUUGGAGCCGGGUCGAGCAACUAUCGUGCUUUUCCCCUUGUCGCAAGGUGGAAUUACUAACAUGAAAUGAGUUGUACGAGUGACUUAGUACUUCUUAUAAAAAUAAUUGUAUGAUAAUUCAUGCAUUUUCGUUAAUAAAGUUUUGAAUCAUGAAAAGUGACAAUAGUACGGAAGUGGCUCGAAAGCAGCGCGACUGGACACAACUGAAGAGGGCUCUCGGCCACAUAGGUCUUCUCAUUGCACUUACGGCGUAUACCGUCUUAGGUGGGCAGGUGUUCUCCAAGCUGGAGGGGCCCGACGAGGCGGCGCGGCUGGGGCCGCUGCACGACGCGGCGGUGGCGCGGCGACGCGAGCUGCUGGGCGCGCUGGCCAACCUGUCGGCCAGCGACCCGCCCGCGGCGGCCCGCGUGGAGCGCGCCCUGGCGGCGUACGAGGACGAGCUGCAGAGCGCCGUCGGCGGCGGCGUGGCGCUGCCCUUCGUCGUGAGCGGCCAGCGCCCGCCCACGCGCUGGAACCUCACGCAGGCCGUCUUCUUCGCCACCACCGUGCUCACCACCAUCGGUGAGUGCUCACACACGCCGCCUGCUCUCAGCCCGACAAAAGGCAAGAAAGAAACAUUUUCACCGCAAAUGUGA